AUGCUUCUGGACCAUGAAGAAUCGAGUCUUCCAAAUGGACAUUCUCUUACACGAGAGCUCGAUCGUGACAGGCUUGGUAGGGGCGGUCCACUUAGUGAGAGAUCUUGGAUACUGGACUACUCAAGUAUUCCACAUAGGUGCACGACAUCUUCCAUCCGAGCAGCAUCUGUCUCAGAAGAUCCCUUGGUUUGGCCGCCGGAUGGAAUCCACGGGCCCCAACAGCCCAGGGUAGGACCAUUAGAGUCAAGGAGGGGCUCGGGGAGCUCACGUGCAGGGACACCCAUCAGGAGAAGGUUUACAAUAGAUGAUCAAAUCAUCGCCGAAAAAGAGGGGAAACUAGCUGCAGUUUAUGGCUUUCAGGGUGCAACGAGAUGUCAGGAUCAACCAUACCAAAGCCCUCUUCGCAUCCGAGGAUCAUCGUCCUUCGUUGAGAAUGCUGAGAGCCAGCAUAAUACUCUUCGAGAUUCUACCGAUACAUUGUCGGCUUUGAAUUCCCGUUAUAGCUGGCUCCCAGAACCGCGUCACAACAUACAACGAUUUAUGACCCAGACAGUAGAUGAGACGUCUAACUCUUCAUUAAGAGGGACUAGUCUUCAAGAACGGAGUGGGCUCACGCAGCUAAGCACAAUGGUCGAACAACAUACGCCUCCGAUCAAAGUAUUCGGCCAGUCCGUCACCAUUGAUGGUGAUCAAAUUGCCAGAGAAUCAAAUACAUACAGAGCUUACAAACUUCGCAACACUGACUUCACAUGUCCAUCAGCUUUUGAGCGGGCAGCUACGGCUAGUGUAUUUACGCCUAACAGAUCGCGAAACAAUGUGCCUAGCGUAGUCGAUAGCAUUGACGGCUUUUCAUCCGCCUCGAACGUUUUCAAGUUCCACAACCCAAAGAUCACACCGGGCUCUAAAGUCUAUAUGGGUUAG